UCCAUGGUGAAUAAGUGUUUAUGAUAUUGUACAAAACUUGGAAAUUAUUAUGUAUAAAUUGUUAAAUUGUGAAUUUUAGUGUUUUUCCUUAGAUUACUUUAAGAAUUGCGUACUUUUUGCAUUCUUAUUUUAAGAAAUAAAGUGCUAAAUGAUUAGAUGAAAAAAUGUUAUUGUGUGCUAAGUUUUAUAAUGGCGGCCCGUCGCGUCCCCCGCGCCUCCAUUUCGUUGACAGUCAGAUAUGACAAUGCCGAGACGUAGAAAUGUUAAAGUUGUUAUGUUUUUGUAAAUAACCUAAAGUUGGCCAGAUAUAUUAAAACAGUAUAGCCCUAAAUAUGAAUACAGAACAUCACAGUAUCAAUACGGGUGGUGGCCAACCUCCUGGUAACUCGGAGUCUCAAAAUCAAAGAGUAUCAUCUUCCCAGCAACAACAACAAUCAAGUAAUAAUCUGCCUCCCACUACUUCUGCUACCGACCUACGAGUUAAUUCGGCAGCUGUUAACGUUGCUUUGUCCAGUGUCGCUAAGUAUUGGGUGUUUACAAAUCUUUUUCCCGGGCCAAUACCUCAGGUUUCCGUGUAUGGCCUGCCACCUAAUGCUAGGCUUGAAAAUGGAAAACCUGUGCAGGAACUAAGCCAAGCUCACGCAGGACUGCUGAAUGGUGACCCUAACCUUAUUCUCGGUCAGCACAGUGGGCAACCGCAGCUAUCCGUAUCAGGACCAAGUGGCCAACAAAUACCUGUCACUCAAAUCAUUGCAACACAAUUGCAAUCUGGACAGCCACAUGAAUCAUUGGGGGCGCACAGUCAACAGCAAGAUCACAAUACUCAGCAGAACGCUGGAAAUACAAGCCAAGGCUCGGUUAGCACGAGCCAGCCCUCUCACCAGCAGGUACCCAAUAAUCGGGUCGACUUUAUACAACACCAUAACACUGAUAUGGGUCAUCAUUCCCAACAACAACAUACAAUGCAACAACAACAACAGCUCAUGGCAACCAAUCGUGACCAUGCAAAUCAACAGCCAGUUAGUGAGAUACAGCUAACAGUUAGCGAAGAUGGCAUUGUCACUGUGGUGGAGCCAGGCGGAGGAAAAGUUGUGGACAAAGAGGAGAUGCAUGACUCGAUCAAAAUGCCCACAGACCACACGCUGACCGUUCAUCAGCUGCAGCAGAUUGUCGGACAUCAUCAGGUGAUAGACAGCGUUGUUCGUAUAGAACAAGCGACAGGUGAACCCGCUAAUAUACUUGUGACCCAAAACCCUGAUGGGACCACAUCUAUAGAGACCAGCGCAUCUGAACAGCUUAUAGUGAAAGACGAGAAAAACGUUGCAAAAAUUGAAUCCACACAAUUUGCAAUACCCGCCGAUAUUAAGGACAUCAAGGGACUUGACUUAAAGAGUGUGGGAUCAAUGGGUAUGGAGGGAGCGGUUGUGAAAAUAUCAGCGGGCGCCUCAGAACACGACUUGCAUGCAAUGUAUAAAGUUAAUGUUGAGGACCUCUCACAUCUGUUGGCUUACCAUGAAGUUUUUGGUAAACUCAAUCCCGAGGGCCAACCUCAACCUAAGUCAUCAACGUUACAGCCUAUAAACGAAGUGGACGAAGCGGGAACUAGCGCUGCCAUAGCUGAAUCUGAUACAUCCCCUGGACACCAUUCCUGUGACAUUUGUGGCAAGAUAUUCCAGUUCCGAUACCAACUUAUUGUCCACAGACGUUAUCACGGCGAGAGCAAACCUUAUACAUGUCAAGUUUGCGGCACCGCAUUUGCUAAUGCCAUGGAACUUUCUAGACACGGAAAAUGUCAUCUUGCUGGGGAUCCCGCAGAGAGACAAACCAAACGGCUGACUCAAGACAAGCCAUACGCCUGCACAACUUGCCACAAAGCGUUCUCACGUAAGGAGCACUUGGACAACCAUGUACGAAGCCACACUGGAGAAACACCUUACAGAUGUCAGUUUUGUGCGAAGACAUUCACUCGCAAGGAACACAUGGUGAAUCACGUGCGCAAGCACACGGGAGAGACGCCGCACCGCUGUGACAUCUGCAAGAAGAGCUUCACUCGCAAGGAACACUUCAUGAACCACGUCAUGUGGCACACAGGUGAAACGCCGCAUCAUUGUCACAUAUGUUUGAAGAAGUAUACUAGGAAGGAGCAUUUAGUGAAUCAUAUGCGAUCUCACACGAAUGAUACACCGUUCCGAUGUGAACUAUGUGGCAAGUCCUUCACCAGAAAGGAACAUUACACCAAUCACAUUCUGUGGCAUACUGGCGAGACACCGCAUCGUUGUGACUUCUGUUCAAAAACGUUCACCCGCAAGGAGCACUUAUUGAACCACGUGCGGCAACACACGGGCGAGUCACCGCAUCGCUGCAGCUUCUGCGCCAAGUCCUUCACGCGCCGCGAACACCUCGUCAACCAUGUGCGCCAGCACACUGGAGAGACGCCUUUUCAGUGCGGCUACUGUCCCAAGGCAUUCACCAGGAAAGAUCACUUAGUGAACCACGUCCGUCAGCACACCGGAGAGUCUCCUCACAAAUGUUCUUACUGCACGAAGACGUUCACCCGCAAGGAGCACCUCACGAACCACGUGCGACAGCACACGGGCGAGUCGCCUCACCGCUGUACUUACUGCGCCAAGUCCUUCACCAGGAAGGAGCACCUCGCCAACCACACCAGACAGCAUACGGGCGAAACUCCUCACAAGUGCACGUACUGCACGCGGUCGUUCGCGCGCAAGGAGCACCUCACGAACCACGUGCGCCAGCACACGGGCGACAUGCCGCAUCCCUGCUCCUACUGCAACAAGCGGUUCACGCGCAAGGAGCACCUCGUCAACCACGUGCGAUUGCAUACGGGCGAGACUCCGUUCAAGUGCACGUAUUGUACGAAGGAGUUCUCCCGCAAGGAGCACCUGACCAACCACGUGCACCAGCACACCGGGGAGACGCCUCACAAGUGCCCUUUCUGCACCAAGACAUACUCCCGCAAGGAGCAUUUGACCAACCACGUCAGAAUCCACACCGGGGAGUCGCCGCACCGGUGCGAGUACUGCGACAAGACGUUCACGCGCAAGGAGCACCUCAUCAACCAUCUGAAGCAGCACACGGGCGACACGCCGCACGCCUGCAAGGUCUGCUCCAAGCCAUUCACCAGGAAGGAGCAUCUUAUGACCCAUAUGAGAGCACACAACUGCGGCGAGAGACCGUACUCGUGUGGUGAGUGCGGCAAGUCCUUCCCCUUGAAAGGCAACCUGCUGUUCCACGAGCGGUCGCAUCAAAAGGGCGGCGGUAACAGACCCUUCAGAUGCGAUGUUUGCUCCAAGGACUUUAUUUGCAAAGGUCACUUAGUGUCACACCAGCGCACGCACCAGGCUGCGGGCGAGGCGGCGGCCGGAGAGCAGCCCGCCGCGCCUGAACCCUGCGACAAGGACACGGCGGACCGCACGGAGCGCAAACACGACAUCAGAGCAACAACUAACGAAAGCAGACCGACCGAAGAAGAGGUCGCCCAAAGUCAGCAAAAUAAUGCUGUUAUGCAAAUUACUAGCCAGGUUCGCGGCGGGACCAGUAGUGCGAGCGGUGUGUCGACGUUCCCGCACACCUCUAGCGCGCAGCACCACACCGGCGGCGUCGCGCACCAUCCCGUUACUGUCAACUACUAGCGAUUGGACACGUACUCGCACAGCUCAUGUGCGCCUAGUACCUACCACAUGCUGACGUAGCACACGUGUAACUGAGUUGUACUACGUACUAGUACUAAGCUCAUGUGUGCCUGGUACUUGUACUUGUCAAUGUGGGAUAGAACAAUAUGUGAAAAAAUAACUCGUUUGGAUCUAGUUCACGCAUAUCUCGUGCUAAACGUCAUCGUACGUAGUGAUCUGUUGUGUUUGUUUAUCUCUUGUAAACUUAUGCACUUCUAGUACCUGCUGCCGUGCGACACAAAUUUACAAAUUCUGGAUUAAGAAAUCAAUCAAAAAAUAUCAGAUUAUACCGAGCAAAACAAGUUUACUAGAGAACCUUAACGGAAACCCUGAAACAAUAAUCUUCUUCCUUGCAGAGUUUCACUGGUAUGGAUUAUCUUAAGACUAAGAUUUCAUACAAACAACAUUAACUUUCAAGUUUUUUUUUGUGGUAAAUUUUGUAAUAUCUUGAAAGUUUGACCAAACUUUUCUUCUGCUUCGACUUAAUAAUAUAUUGAAUUGAGGAUAUACAGCUAAGUUAAAAAUGUCAGUUUUACUUUUAAUAAUGAUUUUCUAAAAUAUGUAACAAUGUAAAGUUCUCAAUGAAAUGUAAACAACAUAUGAUUAGAAGAAGAAUGAAGCAAUUUUACAAAUUGUUACAAUGGUUAAGGUGAUGAAAAUGUACAAAAGUACUAAUGUGGAAGUAGGAUUUGUUGUAUGAAUAGUUGUGAUUUUGUAGUCAGAGUUUCUUGACGCAUACAUCAAUCGUGUAAUAUCUGUUUUGAAUGUAAAACGAAUGUAAUUUAUUGUAAAAAGUUCUAUUAGUUUUGCUUUUUAUUAUGUAAUUGUAGAAAGUGUAAAGAAUGGAGUAUUUUUGUGAUUUUUUUUUAUUAUACUUGAGAAAUCAUGUAAAAUUUAGAUGUGUUUGAACAAAUUGGGGGUAGAUAUAUAUAACAAAUUCAUUUUUUGGUACAAAAAGACUGUACAACUUGCGAACUUUGUAUUUAGGUACUUGUCAGAACUGUCCAUCCCCCUUUUGUAUGGUUGAGAUAUUAAAUCUACGUCAUCUUUCACAAAGAAAAUUACAUUCCUGCUGGCAAAUAUUUUUUCGUAUUUUUAAUAUGG